UCGGGGCUAGCCCACGUGGGGUCCCGAUGGGGGCGGGGCCUGCCCCCCUUUUCCUCCCCACGUCGGCAGCGAUGGGGGGGGGUGCACAUGCUAAUGGGGGGGGAGGUGGCAGCCCCGCCCCCAUCUCUCCCCAGCCCAGUCCCUCUCCCAGCGCUCCCCCCAGGGCGGGGUCCUUCUCCCCAUGCUGGGGAGGGGGGUGCAAAGCGGGGGGCAGAUCCCCCCCCCCAUGGAGUCUUCACGUCACACCGGGGCAGGCCUGUAUUUAAGCCCCAGCCGUGAGCGGGGGACUGGCCCUGGGGCUCUCUGGCCCGUGCCAGGCAGGAGCCCUUCGGGGUCUCCCCCCCCGCCCCCCAGCCAUACAGAGGCAGCAGCUGCCGCCCCGGGAUUAGCGCCCAGAGCGCCCUGCUGCCACCCCGCCCCGGGCCCUGCUGCCACCCCGCCCCCGGCCCUGCUGCCACCCGCCUAGAAAGGGUCCUCUGGUCCUGCAGCCGCUGGCUCAGGCCGGGGCUGUGGCCGGCGUCCCGGCUUCUGAAUCCGAAGAGCAGCUUCGUUCCGCGGCCAGUCUCUUCCCCUAAAAGCUCUGUCACCUCGCUGUUCAAAGACCCCCGAGACCCCAGGUCGCGUGGCCAAAGCCGGGGACUGGGAGUCGGGGCUCCUGGGCCCUGUUCGAAGGUCUCUCCCCGAGCCUGAGUGGCCUCUGUUUCCCUUUCUGGGCAAUGGGGCUAGUACUUCAAUCCUCUCAGGAUCCCCCUCCGUGCCCCAAGAUGCUGCCCUUGGACCGCCGGGCUCUCUUCCUUCCUACCCUCCUCUCCCUCCUUUUCGCUCCCUCCUCUGGAUUUUUUGGCUGGUUGAGGCAGGGAGCAGCUCCAGGAAGAGACCCCGUCCCCCUGACACCAGCUCCGGACUCAAGGAGUCUCUCUAAUGCUCCCUUUGAGAUGACGACGGGGGAUGAGCGAUUCCUGGCUGAGGCCAGGCACCUGGAUCUGUCUCCACUGGACUCUUGUCACCACAAGGUUAUUGCCCAGAUCCACUCCUCCUGUACGGACCUGUCGGAAGAGGAACUGGCCAAGCUGGGGGUGUCCCUGUUUAACUGCCAAGCGAGCGUGGAGGGGCGCAAGACCUAUCCCUGCACUGCCGACAUGACUCUCGCGGAAUGCACCGCCGACAUGGACCCUGACACCUGGAACGCCUACCACAUCGUCAGCAACCGGGCCCGCGCUGUCUGCUACUCCACCCGCCAGAUGCAGUUCAAGCGCCGGACGGAGCACACGGUCAACACCCUGGUCUCCGCCGCCGUGAAUCAGCUGGAGGCCAUGAGGCUUCUGAAGGACGGCCAGGAGGAACUGAAAGAGCUGACGGCAGAGUCCCUGCACAAGGUGGUGAGCAGCCAGCAUGAGCUGCUGCUCCAGCAGGAGAAGCUGCAGGACAGCCAGGAGCAGAUGGAGUCAUCCAUCCACAGCAACCUGGAUCAGCUGACUCAGGAGAAGGCCUUGAUUGCCAGCGGGCAGCAGCAGGUGGCUCAGCUCAUUGAGGGCAUCACCAAGAGGAUGGAGAACGUGAGCAGCCACCUAGAUGACCAGGACUUGGAGCUGCAGCAAGGACACAGAGCCAUCCUCGCUGACCUCACCCAGAUGCAAAGGCGAGCCCAGGAGGUCUACUCCAAAAUAGAGGCCAACCAGGCGCUGUUCCUGGCCUAUCAGAACCAGACAGCCCUGUACUACGACGAGCUGAUGGGGAAGCUGCACAGGAUGAACCAGAGCCUGGGCCUGGUGCUCUACGCCGUGGGUCACAUGCAGAGCAGUGUGGAGGGCCGGCUCCUGCACAUCCAGAGAUUCAUUGGCUGGGCAGGAGUCAGCCUCGGCGCCGCCUGCACCUGCGUCCUGCACGCCGGCUACUUCCUGCUCUCGGCUCUGCUCAUGACCUUCCUGCAGACCCCAGGCCUCCCCCGCGCCGUGCUCCUGGUCCUGGUCGUCGCCAACGCGCUCUCGGAGCUCAACCAUGCCACCUCCUUGGGCUUCAAGUCACUCACGGUUUUCCUGGUGCUUGUUGUUGCCGGUAACUGGCUGCUGGCACACGUGUGCUGCUGUGCCCGGAGCGCGAGGGGCCGGAAGCCGCCUCUGGCGCUCUCACUGACUCCCCAGAGGGCAGCGGGGGCCAGCAGCCCCGAAGCAGAGCUCAAGGACGAUCCCCACUGUCGUAUCACCUCCACCCCUGGCAGGGAGUGUGAAAUCCACCUCUUGCGGGAGGAGCUGAACAAGCUGGAGGAGAUGAGCUACCUGCAGGAUGACUCCUGCCUGGGGCGGGUGUCCCCGCUGACCGGAAACCCAUUUCGUGAUGGGGGCGUGCCGCUGCCCCCUGCAGGCUGGAAGGUACAGCAGGGAUCUGCUGCUCCGCCGGCUCCCUCCGUCCCCGUCGGGAACUUGCGCCGCAUCAGUCUGAGCCGCACCACCAGGCACGAGGUGUUGGAGAGGCGGGCCACACUGGAGAGGCGCCACUUGGGCCCCACAUUCGAGCCCUUUUCUGACUUCAGGUCCUGUAGCCCGGACCCGUCCAUGGCGAGCGACAUGUCCACCUCUUCGAUGUCUCCGCGACUCCUGUGUCAGGGCAUCACCAAGGCCAGGCAGCCAUGCAGGAAGAAGGCCGUUCCCGGACAGGAGUUUUGCCACGUUCACAUAUCCGGACAAGUAUCCUACACCAGCUGAGCCUUGGGGCUCUCCGUCUAGCCUGUGCACCCGCUAGGUUAGUCUAGACCUUGGGUGGUUGGCCAGGGACCUGGAGUGCAGCUGAGACACCACCCCUUGUCUCAGCGACAGCCAUUCUGGGGCGUUAUUUUAAACACUGCCUUUGAUUUUAAUGUGUACGUUUGAAUGGAGGGACUAUGGCUGCCGAGGGCCAGCAGCCCCCUGCCUGGCAGCUUUUCUAGGGUCUCAUUGGCUCUCUUUGAGGAAAGCCCCAUUUUAAAUAGACCACCCUGCUUUCACCACCUCAAAUGCUUCAGCCCCUGGCGAAAGUUGGGGAUCCCAUGAAAACUGCAGGAGAUGAGGAGCUUCUGUGUUCACACUGACUCAGGAGCCAGUGGACUCUGCUUACAAGUCAAGUUGGCUUGUCUAGUGGCCACAGCUGCUCCAGCAGGGUGGUUCUGGCCUGCUCCACCGCUGCCUGCCAUUGAGACGCUCAUCCAGGCUUAGCUGAGCGAGUAGAACAGACUCCAGCUCCCUCAGCACCACUGGGACAAGCCUCUUGUCAGUAGAGAUGCCUGGGGCCAUGUUGGUAGCCAAGUUUUAUAUGGAAAUCUGCUGUUUGCACAUUGGUUUAAUAAACAACGUUGAUCUAC